UCUGUCUAACACUGUUUUGUAGGUGGAGCGUGUCCACACGCUUUUGCGCGCUCACGGGCUGUCUUCUGCAAGCUGACUUGCAGAAUGAUUCAUUCCGCCGAGAAGCCGAGCGACACAAGUUUUCUCAUUUACUGAGGAAACUGGAUUGGCUUACAGCACCUUUCAACACGACCAAAGGAAUUCAAAGAACAUUUCUUAUUACUCAAGAACAUGCUACUCUGAACGCUUGCAGAGUCUUCAGUCAACUGUUUCUCAGGAAAGGAGUUCAAAUGACCUUCCUCCUUGCCAUUAUCGAUUGGGGGUGCAGCUGGUGGCGCACAGGUGGGAAAGAAUGGCCUACCCUGGUUCUGGUUGGACGAGGGCCCAGCUUUAAGAUUUAUGGCCUCUGGUACCUGUCUCAGUGAUGAAGAGCACCCCCACCAUCUUCCUCCUCACUCUAUCUGUCUUGUGCAGAGCUAAGAGUGUGUGUGGGAAGACGGUGAAGGACACAGUGCAGGAAUGGAACAGGUAUCGGAACGAGUGCAUCGUGAAGAUAAGCUCACAACCCACUCCCUCGGGUUUGUUUUGCAAAAGCAUGUUUGAUAUGUACGCUUGUUGGACAGAUGGAGUUCCCAACACAACUGUGAAAGUGCCGUGCCCCUGGUAUCUGCCCUGGUACGAUCAAGUGCGUAAUGGGGUUGUGUCACGGGAAUGCGGUCCAGAUGGCCAGUGGCUCACUGUCAACCACAGCCGCACAUGGAGAGACCACUCACAAUGCAAUGUAGAUGACAACCGGGAGAAACAGGAGAAUCAGAUGAUGAUCUUGGCCUAUUUCAGGGUGAUGUACACAGUUGGUUACUCUCUAUCCUUGGCCAGCCUGUCUUUAGCCGUUGUUAUACUUCUUAUAUUCAGGAAGCUCCGUUGCACACGUAAUUACAUCCACACCAAUCUGUUUGCCUCUUUCAUCCUGCGAGCGGUGUCCAUCCUCACGAGAGACGCGCUUCUCAUGAAAGACGCUCCUGAGUUCAGGGACAACAAAGAUGUUUCGAUAGUUUUGAGUGACCAGGUCAUGUCAGGCUGCCGUGUGGCUCAGGUCCUGAUGCAGUACUGUGUUGGGGCGAACUAUUAUUGGCUACUGGUAGAAGGUCUAUAUCUUCACAACUUGCUGGUACUGAUGGUCUUCUCAGAGAACAGCUACUUCUGCGUAUACCUCUUCAUCGGCUGGGGAACGCCUGUGCUAUUUGUGGUGCCUUGGAUAGUUGUUCGUUACCUAUAUGAGAACACUAGGUGCUGGGAGAUCAACGAAAAUAUGGCAUAUUGGUGGAUCAUCCGAACGCCAAUCCUUUUGGCGAUUUUAGUGAACUUUUUCAUAUUUAUAAGGAUUAUUCAGAUCCUCGUCUCCAAAUUAAAAGCACAUCAGAUGAGAUAUACAGAUUAUAAAUUUAGGUUAGCCAAGUCCACCCUGACCCUUAUUCCACUGUUAGGGAUUCAUGAGGUGGUGUUUGCUGUGAUGACAGAGGAACAGACUGAGGGCGUGCUUCGCAAUGUCAACCUGUUCUUUGAACUCUUCUUCAAUUCUUUUCAGGGUUUUCUGGUGGCCAUAUUAUACUGUUUUGUCAAUAAAGAGGUACAGUCUGAAAUCAAAAAGAAGUGGCAGCGAUGGAAACUGGGUAUAACCAUUUUGGAGGACCUUCGUAAUACAGGUAGCAACACACAGCAGGGAGGCACAGCUCCUCGGUUUCACCACGACCAGGCCUGCUCUCCGGACUGCCCUCUGAAUAGUGGCAGCCAGCUGUGCUCAGACCCAACACUCACAGUUCAACAUCACUACCAUCCAGGAGCAAAGAAAGGCAAGGCGUACUGUUACAUAUCUGCCCGAAAGCAGGUUCUGAACGGGUUGGAUGUGCCAGCAUUACCCCAGUGUGCCGGAGAGGGAGCAGUGAUGUUUUCAGAGAGCUACUGUUGAACCACGAGGACCGUGCUGCCCAUUGAUUGGAGAAAGCCUGAGUUUUUUUGGAAUAUUUUAUUCUAUCAAAAGGAUGUUACUACAGCAAGUUACUCACAUUACACCUGCCAACAGCCUUUCUUUGUGUUUUUUUUUUUGUUUGGUAUUUACCACUAUACCUCAUUUUGGACACUAGAUUAAUUCUGUUAUGUGCCAACAUUGUGGAUCAACUCAAAGGCUGUCUGUUUUACCACAAGACAUUUAUAUUUUUGAUUGCACAAGGAUUAUCUGUUCAAAACUCACAGGUACUGUAAGACACACAAACAUAACCUAUAACAUACGUUUUUUAAUUUAAAAAGAGAUUUUAAAAAUGUUAAUAGUUUUAAUGAUGGUAUUUUGUUAUGUAAUGCAAAAGCUUUUAUUUUUGGUGCCUUUUAAGAGCCCAAACACUUUUUGGGGAAACUGUAUGCACGCACAUACAGUAUAAGGACCAACUUGAACUUUUUUUUUUUUUGUCCAAGAACAGCAAAUCAGUACAAGACUGAAGUUCCCCCCGACGUUAUGUCACAUCCUCACCCUGUUUUGAUAUUGUGCCUCCGGAGGUGUUAAAUGUCUAAUAUGAAGGUUUUAUAUGUCUCUUAUGUAACCUACUCAACCAGGACGGCGUGCUCUAGGCAAUCUCUUAAACAGUAGGAAAUCUAAUUCCUUUUUUAUGCUUCUGCAUUCCACUCCAUGGCCUAAUCUCUUUUCAUUUAGUGCCAUGACAGAACCCAACUGUGAACUGUAUGCCUACAAUAGAGGAUUAGUAGGCAUUUUAGUUAAUAGGCAACAGUAACAACACUAUUAAACAUGGAAACUGUUUGUUUCCAAAAUGUUAUGAAGGUUUAAAUCAGAAUACGCCCUCAUUUUUGAACCACUCACAAGGAUAAUCAAUUAUUACACUGUACACCCCCUUUCUUUGUUAUACUUCAUCUGGCCAUUAUUGUUUGUUUUUUUUGUCAGUAUAAAUGGGCGAGUGAUUUAGAGACUAUACCUAAUUUGUUCUGUUGCUUUCACAUCGAGGUUAUUCCCAGGGUUGCCAGGUUUUCACAACAAAACCCGCCCAAUUGCAUUUCGGUGAGGGGUUCCCCAGUAAAAAUCGCGUUCUCGGGGUUCCUCGUUUAAAUUAGCAUUUCAUGGGAUAAAUAUGACGUUAUUGGAGUCGAUUUAACUCAAGAACAUGAAUAACAACCCACGGCAACAGUAUUAAAGUAGCCCAAUUCCGGGGUAAGACAGCGGACUUGGCAACAUUGGAUAUUCCACUGCUCAAUGGACAAGUAAAGCCACCUAGUGGAUGUAGUGAGAGAUGCACAGAUGUUUUGUAUUGUUGGGUUCCUCUCCUAAAGAAAUCUUUAUCACAUAUCACAUGUCAUAUUUUUAGCGCUGAAUGGCAUUAACCUGGUGCUAGAGAUCUGUGGUCAUGCAUGAAUUUGUCAAAAAUGGUAUCUUUGUUGUACCGUGGUUAAGGUUUUUCUAGUUCUGAUGAAACCACUGUUACAUAUACAUAGUUAAUUAUCACAUAUCUCUCACUCUGUUUUGUCCAGUAAUUAUCUACAUAUUACAGAAUAAGGUAUCGUUCACACAGAAUUGUUUUUAUGUUUAAAACACGAGACGCAAGACAGUGAAAUGGGACAAAACGCCAUGUGGGUUUUUUUCUCAUUGUACUAUCCUGCAUCUUGUGUUUUUAAACACAAAUACAGGCUAAUUUCUGUGUGAAAAAAAUAAAUGCACUGUGCCGACUUAAAUGUUAAACAGUUGUUAAAAAUGGCAAUGAUAUUGUUUAACUUAUAAAAUAGUAGUUUAUGUCCUUAAAAACAUUCCACAGACUUAAUAAGCUUCCACGUUCGGACACCUGAUAUUGUGUAUCAGAUCCACAUGCACUGCAAAAGGUGGGUUAACCAGCUAGACUCCUUGAGGACAAUAACAUGUAUGCUAAAUAUCAAUGGUUAUUGGCAAAAAAAAAAAAAGACACACUUGUGCAAUAAUAUCAUUUUGGACAUAUUUAUUUCCAUUAAAGCAUCAAACUGAAACGAAUAAAAGAAUAUGUUUAAUGUUUUCUUUCUUCUUAAUUUUGUGGCAUCUCCCU